CUCUUCUAAUCCCGACUCUUGCAAGAUUAUAAUAAUUUCAAAAACUGAACGUUAAUUAGCUCACAAUUUACUGCAUCUUCAUCGGAGCAGACGUUAAAGAAUGGAGAAGACGGUGUCGAGUUGGUCAGACUUAGAUAGCGAUCUUUUACCCGAAAUAGCUGAUCGAAUAAGUUGUCUGCGGGAUUUUAUCAUCUUUGGCGCGGUAUGCAAGUCAUGGCGAUCAGUUGCUUCCCGGGAGAAGUUCAAGAAAUCCAAAGUUCCGUGGCUUUUGAUGGAGGAUCGAGAUGAGGAUGAUUACAGCCUACGUAAGUUUUUCGACCUUUCGAAAGAUGUAAUUUACGGAAUCAAUCUUCCAGAGCUUUGCGAUAAUAAAUAUUCUUUAUCUUCACAUGGAUGGUUUUUGACGGUUGAGACGGACGUACGAUUCAGUCGAGUAAGUCUUUUGAAUCCUUUUUCGCUCGCGAGAAUUGAUCUGCCACGCCCUUUUGCUCCUCAAGUCAUCAACUUUGCCUUAUCCUCCAGUCCAAGUGUGGUAUCAGAUUUUACAAUCAUGAUCGUUUACUUUUCACCUGGAAUGGGAUUGACCAAAUUAGGGUUUCUGAAAAAUGGAGACCGCAAAUGGACUGACGUAGACCUCGAGUUGAAUACAUUUAAGGGGAGUAUCACACACCGCGAUGUGAGUAUCACAUAUUACAAUGGUCGAUUCUAUAUUGCUCAAAUUGUUUAUUCUCUACAAGGAUUUGUUGUUCAUGAAAUCGACAUUCAAAAUUCUAAAUCGGUUUCUACAAGUAGGAAGUUGUUUACCGAUAGCUUUACGCGUGUUCGUAAUCAUCCAUUUUGGAUAGUUGAAUCAUCUGGAGUACUGAUGAUGGUCACUUGGAGACAGGAUUAUGUGUGGAGAAAUUCCCGCGGGACUGUUAUCGGCACUAUUUAUUCUCAUGCCACACAUUGCGAGUUUAUAGUUGAAGAGAUUAACUUUGAGAAAGGAGAAUGUAAAAAGGUGACUAAUUUAGGAGAUGCAGCUUUUUUUCUGGGACGUUUUUCUUCUUUCUCGGUUGAUGUAUCGAAUUACUCAAGAUUUAAGUCCAAUCACAUUUACUUUAUUGAAAACUUUCAAGAUAUUUGGACAGAUUGGAGAGGAGCAGGUGUUGGUGUUUAUAACAUGAUCGAUCGAUCAACAAAGUCGUUUUUUAGUAAGGGAGACCGUGGUUAUCGUAGUUCAUAUCAAUGGAUUCAACCGAGACUUUAACCGUGAUACUACGUAGGUUUGAGUGUUGAGGAGGGUUCAUAAACUUUACACAUUUAUAUUUCAAUCCACUAAAUCCGAGGAUUGAGGAAGUAAGUUCUGUUUUCAACUAAACUUAUUGUAAAUU